AUGACGCGAAUGGCAUUUGGGCUUAAUAAUUCGGCCAGUACUUUUCAAAGAGUCAUCGAGCUGGUUCUUCAGUGUCUUCAGUGGGAAACAUGCCUUGUAUACAUUGACGACAUUGUGGUCUAUGCAUCCGACCUGGAGCAACAUAUGCAACGACUUGAAGAGGUACUGACACGCAUCAAAGAAGCCGGACUGAAAUUGAAGCCGGAUAAAUGCAACCUUCUACAAGAGGAAGUGGUCUUCCUGGGUCACAUUGUUAGCAGCAAGGGGGUGCGCCCCGAAAGCUCCAACAUAGCCAAAAUAGUAGAGUGGCCUAGGCCUACUACACCAAAACAGGUAAAGCAGUUUGUGGCAACUGGGUCAUAUUACAGGCGCUUUGUAAAAAACUUUGCCAAGAUUGCAAGGCCCCUUACGAACUUGACCAAGGUCGACCGUGCCUUUCAUUGGACAACAGAAUGCGAGGAAGCAUUCAAUGCGUUGAAGCAAGCCUUAAUUGGUCCAGAUUUGAUCGGCUACCCAUUGAAUGAAGCAGGCAGCUUUUACCUCGACACGGACGCCUCCGAGAUCGGACUUGGGGCGGUGCUCUCUCAAAUGCAGGAAGGUCGGGAGCGCGUGAUAGCCUUCGCCAGCAGGGCAACCAAUAAAGCUGAACGGAACUACUGUAUUACAGAACAAGAACUCCUAGCAGUCGUCUACUUCAUACAGUACUUCCGUCAGUACCUAUUGGGAAGGCACUUUGUAGUAAGAACCGACCAUCAGGCACUUGUAUGGUUGUUCAGUUUGAAAGAGCCGAGCAGUAAGAUCGCGAGAUGGAUCGAUAUAUUGUCGAGGUAUGACUUCACAAUAGAGUACAGGGCAGGUAAAAGGAUGGGGCAUUGUGACGCAUUGUCCAGAUGUACGAAUCCCAAAGACUGCAAUUGUCCAGAUGUAGACAUGAUGGAACCACUCAAAUGUGGACCUUGCAAGAAAUGCCUUAGGCGAUCCGAAACAAUGGCUCUGGACAGAAAAGUAAGCGACCAAACCGAGGACCAAAAGUGCGCAGUUCAUGACAAGGUCAAGGAUGAGGAAGAUUGCACAAAAAUUGAGCCGGUAAGAGCCGUUUCAAAUGGUAAUCGAAACACACCCGGCACAUCGAGAGAUCAAAUGGUACCCGAAAGCAGACAACCAUGGGCAGCUAUCUUCAGCACAGCAGAAAUGAGUCAGAAACAGCAGGAAGAUGCACAGAUCAGACCAAUCCUUGAAGCGAAGUUGGCCGGAGUCAAACCUAAGCAAGAUGAUAUGCUCGACAAAUGUCCAGAAACCCGGCAAUAUUGGAUCAUAUGUGACACCUUGGAAAUACACUCUGGUACGUUGUAUCGAAGGUUUCAGAAAACAUGUAACGGUGAUGAUCGUUUACAGCUAGUGGUCCCACGAGCUUUACGUAAAGAUGUGGUGAAACAGGCACAUGACCCAGUAACUGCUGGACACAUGGGCAUCAAGAGAACCAAACACCGAAUCCUGGAAAGUUACUUCUGGUUCGCGCUGAAAAGUGACGUCACGCUAUAUGUCCACCAUUGCGAUAUCUGCGAAGCCGAUAAGAAGCCGUCAAGAAAGCCAAAAGCUCCACUGGGACACAUAAGAGUUGGAGCUCCAUUGGAUGUGCUUGCACUUGACUUCACAGGUCCCUUUCCCAUAACAGAAAGAAAAUACAGCCAUUGCGGCAAAGUGGACAGAAAGGGGAGACUGGUGGCACACAUACUGAGAGACCACGAACCAGAAAAGCAAGUUCCCUUUUUCUGCACCCUAUGCAAGUUCCGGUGUGAAACCAGGGAUGAUUUACUAAAACACCUUACCAAAUACGCGGGCCAUGUGAGGGCAGUUGGCAGCAAUCAGAACAUUGACCUUAAACAGAUACUGAUCAAGUCCAACGUUCCUUGGUUUGUGUCAGCCAACGAUAUGACCCCGAUAAGGGAAGAAGACGAUGACAUGUUUAUGGAUCCAGAGGAACCAGCACUUCCACCAUGGCUCCUGGAUGUGAGGCCGUUGAAGAGGAAGGCGGACUUCUCACCAUCAACCAUGUCGCUUCCAUUAAGUCCGCAGUAUACAGAUCAGAGGUAG